UGGUCUCUGCAAACAGGAGGUGACUGUUGACUGUUGACUGGUAGUACAGUCUGUACAUUGAACAUUUACAGUGAAGCUGCUAUUUCCAUCCUGGGCUUUCUUCAGAAGAAGACUGGAAUCCAAUUGGAGGAAUGUUCCAGUACCUCCGGAAGAGAUUCGCUGUCCACCUCACGGAACGUAAACCCAGGAGGGCCCGGCUAGUUUCUAAAGAUGGCCAUUGCAAUAUUGAGUUUGGCAAUGUGGAAGAUCAAAACCGUAUGGCUUUCAUUAUGGACAUCUGGACAACAAUCCUUGAGUUACGCUGGAGAUAUAAGAUGACUAUUUUUAUUUCAGCCUUUUUGGGUAGCUGGUUCCUCUUUGGACUGAUGUGGUAUGCAGUGGCCUAUUUACAUAGAGACCUUCCUGAAUUUAGACCGACAAUUAAUCACACUCCAUGUGUGGAAAAUAUCAAUGGACUCACCUCAGCUUUUCUCUUCUCCCUUGAAACGCAGGUAACUAUAGGGUAUGGUUUCCGGUGUGUGACAGAACAGUGUGGGAUGGCUAUCUUCCUCCUGGUUGUCCAGUCUAUCUUGGGGGUCAUUAUUAAUUCCUUCAUGUGCGGUGCAAUUCUGGCAAAGAUUUCAAGGCCCAAGAAGAGAGCCAAGACUAUAACCUUUAGUAAAACUGCUGUCAUUGGCAAGCGAGGAGGUAAACUAUGUCUUCUCAUCCGUGUAGCCAACCUUCGUAAGAGUCUUCUUAUUGGAAGCCGCAUUUAUGGCAAGCUGCUGAAGACCACAGUGACACCUGAAGGGGAAACUAUUAUUCUGGACCAGGUUAACAUCGAUUUUGUAGUGGAUGCUGGCAAUGAAAAUCUUUUCUUCAUUUGCCCAUUAACCAUUUUCCACACAAUUGACAAGACCAGUCCUUUUUUUGAACUGUCAGUGGACACUAUUCAUCAGCAAGACUUUGAGUUGGUAGUCUUCCUAGAUGGGACAGUGGAGUCCACUAGUGCUACCUGCCAGGUAAGAACGUCCUACACUCCAGAGGAGAUUCAAUGGGGUUACCGCUUUGCUCCCAUUGUCUCUAAGACAAAGGAAGGAAAGUACCGCGUGGAUUUCAGCAACUUCAGUAAGACAAUCCAGGUACCUACACCCCAUUGUGCCUUCUGCUUGUACAACGAAAAGGAAGCCAGAGCAAAAGCGAGAAAAGGAUAUGACAAUCCAGGCUUUGAAAUGGCAGAAGGUAGUGAAAGUACAGAUGACACCAAAAUGUGAAGGACACAUUACCAUGAAGAAAGGGCUUAUCCAGCAGAUCUAUUGUUUCUGAAGGCUAUGUAGAUGGGGCAUGAAUUUAAUUUAAUUUUAUUUAAUAGUCGGCAAGAAGUGAAUACUAGCCUUUAGAUGUCAGAAAGUGCCACAUCAAGCAGAAGUGCCUAAUUUUAGCAUUCUGCUUUAACAUUGUACUACAACAAAAUUUCUCAUUAUGAAUAUUUGGAGGCUAAAAAGGAAGUUAUAGAAUGCUGCUUUUCAAGCACUUCUUUUGAUCGGUACACUGUCCAAGAUGAACACAAACCAUUUUCAAUUAAGGGAACAGGCACUAAACUGUUGAAGUUAUAUUUUCCAAUAUUUUUUUAUGUGUAUUUUUUUAAAUUUUUGAGAUCUGUAAAUUAGUGCAUCUCAUUUUCUUUAGACUUGGCACUUAAUUUCACUCCCAUCAGUCCUGGGGGAUGCUGGUCACUAAAUGUGCUUUCUUUAACAGAGUAGGUUUCUUUUGAAUUUUGCUUGCAAAACACAUGCGUGUGCUUGUUUUUUGGUGUUUCCUUUCAUUCCGGACACAUUUUGCACAGUUUCUUCCUGAAGAGAUCUGUUUGUCUGAUCAAAAUAAUGCAAAAUGUUUAAGAAUAACAGGUGAAACGUUCCAACAAGUCGGUUAUAUUAUUAAAAUCA